AUGCUCAGGGCGGCCGAGCCCCGAGAGGCGCGGGUGGAGGCGGGUGGUCGCAGUCCCUGGGCAGCGCCACCCUCGCAGUCCAAACGGCUCACCUCCUUCCUCAUCCAGGACAUCCUGCGGGACCGCGCGGAGCGGCGUGGGGGACACGCGGGCAGUCCACAGCACCAGCGCCAGCCAGACCCGAGGAGGGACCCCGCGCCAGAGCCUGAGGAAGCAGGAGGUCACGUCGUAGCUUUGGGGGGCCCGCCAAGUAUCCGACCCAGCCCCGCCGAGACGCCGGCUGAACCCGAGACAGAUGGGCACUUUGAGACUUAUCUGUUGGACUGUGAACACACUUCGGCUGACUUAUCAAGCACCCCCCAAGUCCCUAAGCAGCCUCAGAAGCGCUCCAGGGCUGCCUUCUCUCACACGCAGGUGAUUGAGUUGGAGAGGAAGUUCAGCCAUCAAAAGUAUCUGUCUGCCCCUGAAAGGGCUCACCUGGCCAAGAACCUCAAACUCACCGAAACCCAAGUGAAAAUAUGGUUCCAGAACAGACGCUAUAAGACUAAGCGAAAGCAGUUGUCCGAAGACCUGGGAGUCUUGGAGAAGAGCUCACCUUUGUCUUUGCCAACCCAGAAAGAAGACAGCCUGUCCAGUACCGCAUUGGUCUCCAUGUACACCAGUUACCCCUACUACCCAUACCUUUAUUGUCUGGGCAGCUGGCAUCCUACUUUCUGGUAACCACAGUUGAGAGGACAAUUGUGUAGAUCAAAAACUGCCUUCCCUUGCGGGGGUCACUGGGGGAAAGCCAGAAUGGCUGAGGUCAAGGAGUUGGGAGCAAGAGGUCUACAGACCCAAAUGGUUGGGGGUUCCCAGGGAAUAUUCCAAGUCUUCUCUGGUGGGCCAGUGGAAGAUCUGGAGCAGUGACUAUUUUUUGUAUCCAGUCACAGUUCCAAGUGUUCUGUAGGUUACUGUUCUCUGCUCCCUGUUUGGAGAGAGUCAGACAAGUUGGUCUGUUUCUAGAACUUAGCGUGACUUUGGAUGCAAUGGUUACAUCGUUCCUAGGAAUUCUGUUGCUGCAACUGCAUCAUCUCCCAUAACUGAGUAGCAUGAAAGGGUCAAGCAAAGGGAAGAAGGACCCUUUAACUGAGGAUGUCCUCUUGAAUUAAACUUGGGUUAAAAAGUCUCUUGUUGGCCUUGGACAAUGGCCAGCCAGGGUUUCUCUCUGCCCUUGUAAAAGUGAGGGUAAAUGGAAGAUUUGAAGAAGAAAAAACAGACCUUAGCGAUUGAGGCAGGUUGGCACGGGACAUAAAGGGGGUGGGAAGUGGGAUUUUUAACUCCUUACCCUUUUUGCAGUGGUACAUAAUUCAAGGAUUUACAGGGCAGCUUGAGAGGGCCAGGGUGCACACAGUGUGGGGCUUAAGACAAGCUGUGUAAACAGUUUGCCUGCAGGGGUGCACCUCAAAACAGGCUCUUCCUGUCCCAAACAAGGGCCUAGGGGGUUUCCACACUCCAGGUGAGCCCCUCAGUUGUGACUGAGGAAAGAAAAGGCCUCUGCCCACCCUUCCUGCCUUCAUGGGGAACUUAAGAGUCAGGAGCUUUCAGGUCUGAAUUCAUACUUCGUUAUGAAAGAGGUGCCAUCAUUUUAUAACAAAGAGCCUGCCUUCCUUCCUUUAUUUUAUUUUAUUUGUUCUUUCCUACAGGACAGCUCACUUCAGGCUUUUUUCAUCUGUGCAUGCCUAUCUUAUUUAGCUUAAGAUCUGCUCCCCCACUCUCAAGUUUUAUCUUCUUUUGGUUUAAAACAAACAAACAAAAAACCUAACUACAGACAGAUCAUAAAAUGACCUAAAGACAUAAUUUAAAAAAACAACAACAACUAGCAAUUCUUGUUUCUUCCCUUCAAAAAUACUCAGCAUCAAAUCCUUAUUUAGAGACACAGAGUUGAAGAUCACCACAGCCUUCACAGGACUUUCUGCGGGCUAUGAGUUCGAAGGCUUCAGCCUUGGGGUCCUGGGGAUCCCCAUAGGCAGAGGAGGUUGAGUGUUGUCCGGUUUUCAUGCAGAAGGAAAAACAGUACAAAAGAAAGGGCUGGUACUACUGAGGGGUCUAGGAGAGGUGGAGGGGUCCUGGGCAGGGCAGGGCUGUCAGCCCCGGCCAAGCAGCAAGCCAGGGGCUGAAAGCUCCGCAGGAAGAUGCCCUAACAAAGGGGAACUGUAUUCAAAAGGCAGCAUCCCUGCGGCUUCCAUCCACUGGCAAACUGUGUAAAGGCUCUGGAGAACUGUGUUCGGUGACUUACCUAAAAUGGUAAAAAAGUAAAAAAGAGAAAUGUUUGCCCUCCCAUUUCCACCCUGUUAUCUCAGACAACCGGAAAGAUGGGAGAUAUGGGAGGUGGGGCACAACUAUUACGAAUGAGGCUUUCUGGGGCCAGGAAAUCCCUUUAUCCCACCACUCAAUUCUGUGCCGUAAGAAAUCUUUUAAUUUCCUCCUCUUAAAUGGGCCAAUUUACUGCUGGUGGCAAAACUGCCAGAGAGAGUUGAUAGAAAGUUGGCCGCUUGCACCCCAUUUUUUUUACAGCCCAGGCCCCAUGUUAAAGUAUUGUGUGCUGCCACUUGUUGCUGACCACUGUGGAAGCACUAGACCACGCCAAAGGCAGACGAGUCCAACUCACUUCUCCUUGUCUGCCUUUUUAAAGUCAGUAAGUGCUGGCUUUCUCUCUGCUCCCAUUCUGAAUUGAAUCCUCUUCAGCAUGUACUUCCCCCAGGAUUAAACUACUGUGGUGCACAGUGUGUGGCCCAAAAAAAAAAAGGAAAGGCUUGUGUUUAAAAUCAUUUUAACUCCAUUUUACUUUCUCCCCACUGGAAGGAGUCAUUCGCCCACACCUGAACUUGUGGGAAAUAUUUGGCACGAAAUCUGCUGUCUCGAACAUCUGAAUGGGAUGGUGCCUUGGACCAUAUCACCGGGGUGACCCAUCUCUGUCCUGUUUCAUGAGUCCGUUAGCAAACCCCACUCUGAUCUGUAACAUAAAAGUUUCUGACCUGAAGUUUGGUAAAGCACUCUAAUCAAACUUUAUUUUUCUAUGUAUUUUU